UCGUUAUUAUGUAUUACUAUUUUUUCUUAUUUUUCUUUUCUUUUUUCCUCUUCCCCUCCUGCGCCUGAGGAGUCUCCUGCAAGUCACUGCAGGCUUAUCACAAAUGCGCAUUAACCCACGGCUGCGGCAGCGGACCAUUGGCUGCUUGGGGCCCCGUUGGGCUCCUCAGAGGCAGAAACGUGGGCUCCUCAACCCGGCGCCGCUAAGACGGGGCCAGCACGAGGAAAAAGAAAGAAAAAUGACAAGUGAGAAAAAGAAAAGAGAUGAAGAAAUAACGGAAUGUAAAGGAAGAUGUUUUACACAUUCCGCAGCUAGAAAGUCCGCUAAGCGCGGAUACUGCAUGACGGAUGCAUGCUGCGAAUAUUCGGGGACGACGGGCGGCUUUGCCUACCCCGGAGCUGUUUUUGGUGUUUUGGCGGAUGGAGAGGCCAUACAGAAACAGAAACGGGAAGAGGGUUGUAAGCAUCUGAUGAAUCUGGUGAAUCUUGGUGAGCGGUAUUCACGUGCGACGACUGGACUUUUAUACCGGGUGAUGCCUCGUUGUUCUUGUCCAGUCCAUUAUGCGGAGAUGUGCUUCAUUAGUAGCUUGCCCAAAGGAAAAGACGGCUCACCCGUGUGUACUUGUGAAAAGUGAACGAUGCUCUCGCAUGAGCACUAUACAGUUGUGUUGACGAUACGAUGAGGAUCUCU